GGGCCUCAAAUGCCACAUUGACCAAAGCUCCUGUUGUUGACCUUACAGUUAAAGAGAUGUCAGAACAGCUGCAUACCGGAUAUCAGACCAGUAAGUAUCUUAUCUAUGUUCAAGUCAAUUGUUUGAAGAAACUAUAAUAAUGUAUAUUAAUGUAUAUAAACACAACACAAUAAUUAAGGACGUGUGUUUGGUAGAUUUAUUGUGUCAUGCUUCUUCAAUAUAUUUUACACCGUUGGAAAACCUGUUUGUUUCCCUUUUUAUUUUGUGCCACAUAUGUAAAGAAUAUGCAUUUGCGAUAUGAGCAGCGGAGAUGAGUAUGUGCGCCCAUGCCAAUUUUGUGAAAUCCUCUCUGCCAAGGCCAAACAGCUUUUGUUGCCAUCGACUCUUGUUUUCAGCCAUUCAGGCACCUGAUUGACAACACCUUUUGAGCAUGGGUCCUUCUACAGUGGUCAAUAGGUGUCUGCUCCAAGAAUUGGCAUGCUGCAUUUGACUGAUGUGUUUAGGGGCCUCACGAUAGGGCGACUUUAAACUGGGGUUUUGCAAAACCAAGUUGCAGCAUUGUUUGAUAUGAGCCCUAGUACCAGCUCCACACUGAAGGCCAAGUUCCCUCUGAUGGGGGGAUGUCAGAGAUAGGCGGUAAGUGGGUGUCCUAAGAAGACAGCGCCCCAAGAAGUCAGUUUCCUCACCCGGUCAGUAUUUCGGUACCGUAGACUGUCUUCAACAGUUUUGCAGUCAAGGUUUGCAGGACGAUGUGGCCAAGGGUUCACUGCCAAUUAUCCGAAACAGCACACAAUCUCCGGUCUUAGGGCUGCCAGGAGUCCUGCCAUGACAUCCCAUCACUGUCAGGUCCGUUUGCACAGUCUGAGACCAAACUCUACCCUCCAAGAUGACAACGCCUGCCUCCAAAGAGCAGGGUUUAUCAGAGACUUCCUCCAAAAUUUUGGAUUGGUGACGAGGGAAUGGUCUUACCUUAACCCCAUUGUACCAUUGCGGGAUCUUGGACAUACUGUUCGUGCCAGAGUGAUCAACACAACCACGAUUUGCAAGAGAAUACUGGUUGAAGAAUGGGAUGUGUGUAACCAGACAGCCAAGUCAGUUCCUGGAAAAAGGUUACUCUCUGAACUGGGUGACACAAUCCAGCUUUCCAACAACACUGACCAUGACAAAGCAGAUUUCCAGCCUGAGAGGAAACUCAUUCGCACUGCUGUAACCAAGGGAGUUGUAUUUUCAGAAGACGUGCCAGAGCUGGAAAAUCACCCUACAAGCCCUCAGAGUUCAAUUAUGGAGUCAAAAGUCCAUGGAGCUGGAUUAUUGUCCUCGUGCCUUUCCCCUGAAUCAUGCAUCCAGUGCCCAUGUGCAUCAGCCAAGGACACUGUGAAGGAUAAAGAUGCCAAAAGGAAGAUCCCCAAGAUUUACUUUGGCACACGCACACACAAACAAAUAACUCAAAUUGUUCAUGAGAUGAAGCGUACUGCAUACUCCACUGCUCCAAUGACCAUAUUAUCCAGCAGAGAUCAUACCUGUAUCAACCCAGAUGUGGCGCCUCACUCCAACCGGAAUGAACUCUGCAAGGAUCUACUCACGGCCAAAGAUGCAAGAUCAUGCCGUUACUUCCAUGCAGUACAGAAAAUGGCCAACCACAACACUCUGCAGUUGAUCCAUGGAAUGUGCCAAGCUUGGGACAUUGAGGAUCUGGUUUCAUUGGGCAAACGGCUUCGCUCAUGUUCAUACUAUGCUGCUCGUGAACUCAUGCAAGGCUCCUACAUCAUCUUCUGUCCAUAUAACUACCUGUUAGAUCCAGUGAUCAGAGAAAGUAUGGAGAUUGAUCUUGCAGGCCACAUCUUGGUGCUGGAUGAAGCCCAUAAUAUUGAAGACUGUGCUAGGGAAAGUGCCAGCUUCAUUUUAGACCACAAUAGUUUGCUGAUGUGCAGGGACGAGUUGGACAGCAUGGUCAACAACAACAUACGGAGGUUGAAACAUGAGCCUCUGAGGGAUUUUUGCUAUUGUCUAGCCAACUGGAUCCAGGAAAGCCAAAGCCUGAUGUCUGAUAGGGGAUAUGAAGAGGCAUGUAAAAUUUGGAGUGGAAAGGAAAUACUGAGCAUUUUUGACACCCUGGGUAUUACUUCUGACAGCUUCCGGAUGCUGAAGCAGCAUAUGGCUGCAGUGCUAGCAAAGGAGGAGAUUGCGGGAGUACUAAAUGGUAAAGAAGAAAUUAUGCAAGUCCCAACCAUCAGCUCAUCAACAUCCAGUAUCCUGAAAGGCCUCUUCAUGGUUCUUGACUUCCUCUACAGAGACAACUGCAGGUAUUCCGAAGACUACAGAGUUGCACUUCGGAAGACAUAUUCUUGGAUGAGCAAAGCCCCGGAUAGCAUGAGGGAUACACAGGGCUUCAUGGCCAAACCAGGCCACAGACAACACCAAAGAAUCAGAGUAAAGACUGGAUUUCUGACAUUGAGUUUCUGGUGCCUCAACCCUGCUGUGGCCUUUUCUGACUUAAGUGGGACAGUGCAUAGCAUUGUUCUGACAUCAGGGACACUGUCACCGAUGGGGUCCUUCUCCUCAGAACUUGGGGUGAAAUUUUCUCUUCAACUGGAGGCCAGUCAUGUCAUCAACAAAUCACAGGUUUGGGUUGGCACUCUUGGUGUAGGACCUCAAGGCAGAAAGCUCUGUGCCACCUUCCAAUAUGCUGAAACCUAUGCCUUCCAGGAUGAAGUUGGUGACCUGCUACUGCAUCUCUGCCAAGUUGUGCCAAAGGGUGUUCUCUGCUUCUUGCCUUCCUACAAGAUGCUGGAUAAGCUGCGGGAUCGAUGGAACAUCACUGGUGUUUGGGAGAAACUUGACAAACAAAAGAAAGUGAUAACAGAGCCUCGUGGUGGCGGCAAGGGUGAUUUUGAUGGACUACUUCAGGCUUACUACAACGCAAUUAAAUCCUGUGAGAAAAGAGAUGGUGCCCUCCUGAUGGCUGUGUGUCGGGGAAAAGUGAGCGAAGGACUAGACUUCACAGAUGACAAUGCAAGAGCAGUGAUCACUAUUGGGAUCCCCUUCCCAAAUAUUAAAGACCUCCAGGUUGAACUCAAGAUGAAGUAUAAUGAUCAGCACUCAAAGAGCAGAGGUCUUCUCCCUGGCCAUCGCUGGUAUGAGAUUCAGGCUUACCGCGCUCUAAACCAGGCCCUGGGAAGGUGUAUUCGUCACCGAAAUGACUGGGGUGCCCUAAUUCUAGUGGAUGACCGUUAUAGGAGUAAUCCAAACAAGUACAUCAAAGAUCUGUCCAAAUGGGUUCGCCAACUUGUACAGCAUCAUGACACCUUCACCAGCGCCAUGCAGUCCAUUGUAGCAUUCUCUCAGACCCUACAGAAGUGUCACCUUCUGACAAAAAGCCAGAACUCAACCGUCUCCUUUCCAAGCAGCGUAUCUGUAACUAAGGCGUUGCAGGAUUUACCCAAACCAGUGGAUUUUUAUCUUUCAUCCCACACACCAGUGAAAGCUGAACAUCAUGAAUUACAAGAUUGGCAGAGGAUGACACAUAUUCCACAUUCAGAGCCAUCUUUCCAUCCACCAGCCAACAGUCGGAACCUCAUUUUGACCUCAGAGAAACAACCAAUCCUCUCGCUGCAAAAUAAGAACAAGAACUCGGUCUUUGAAUCAUCAGCUGCAACGGGAUCCAGUGAAUUCAAAAGGGGGGGAUACAUUCCACAUUUGGAGCCUUCAACAACACGAAGAACCCAUUCGAACACAGAUUGUGAAUUGCCUCCAACCGACAAUCGAAAUGAAAAAGAAGAGGACCAGACUGUCUUUUAUACCCCUGAACUUUUUAAUGCUAAAGCCGGUGCCUGUGAAGGAACUGCGAAAACGUCACCAUCCCUGGUCAUUUUGGGAACAGAGAGUCAAGCCCUCCACCCACAGAAUAAUUUGGGAUCUGAGCUCGCCCCAGACUCUGAAAAGAGGAUGGUUUCAUUCAACACGGAGAAUAUACAGUUAUCAGGCAGAGUAGAGACAAAGGUGGGAGCAGAGCAGGUGAGAAACAAGAUCCGGCUCUCAAGAUCCAGACAGAGAGCUCACCUAUCGCCAACAGAUACCUAAUAUCCACGAUAAAUGCAGCUGAAAAUGCAUAUUUCCCCUCAUUAUUCUUUAAAAAAUGUUUUUUUUCAAACCACAAUAAAGUAAACCUUUAACAUUCA